AUGCCCGCGGAGCUUCCCGCGGCCUCGCCCGAGCCCUUCUUCAUUUGCUCUCCGCGAGGCAGCAGCGCGGGCAAUUCUGAUGGCUCGGGCGGCUCUUCGUGGGAGCUGGUUGAGCUGAAGUCUUCCGACGACUGGCAGGUGCUGGGCCUGCCGCUGAGCGCGCUGGUGGGAGCUUGCGAGACGGCGCGCUUCGGGUGCUGGCCGUUCGGGCUCCUGGUGUGGUCGGUUUUCUCUUUGGUGAGCGACCCGAUCGUGGAGCCGGAGUCGGUCGACGAGCCUGAGGGUCUCGAGAUCCAGAUGCCAGUGGAGCCAUGGUCUCGCCGCUUCUACCGCCAGAGCGCCACCGACGGUGUGGAGGUGCAGAUGGUGCGCCGCAAGAGCGGCAACGUGUGGGCCGUCAUCGGCCCGGACCUGAGCCUCGGUCUGAUCUGCAUCACGGCGAAGACCACGAUCUUCACGGAUCCCGUGGCAGGGAUUCGCUGGCGGCCGAUGCCUCCUCUGUCGUCGGCGCAGAGGGGCGCCUACGUGAGCCAGGCGACGGAGGGCUUGCGGGCUUCGACGGUGCCGACUUUGCCCUUAUACCGCCCCGGCAGGGGUGGCCAGCAGGCGAUGGCGGUGAACGUGCUGUAUGCCGUUCUCAGUUCGGCGGCUUCGUCUCUCAAGACGUUGAGGUGGUCUUUGAGGGGUCCCAAGCGCUUCCUGGGUGUGUUGGCCGCGUUGUUCGCAUUGUACGAGCUGCUGGUGUUGCUGGGCGUGAUCGAGUAUAUGAAGGAGGUGUGGGUGUAUACGAUCAGCUACCUGGUCAUGGCCAAGGAUGCGUUCAUGGAAAGCUCGGAGAUCGUCCAGGAGUGGAUCGCCUACCCUUGGGAGUGGAAGGAGUGGGCGCAGAAGCUCAUGCCUCUCCAGCGCUGGCUGGCGAUGUUCUUGGCGUUGAUCCUUCCUACCGUCUGGGCAGCGCACGAAUGGUCCGACAGUGGAGAGCAUGGGGAGUCCUCUAUUGGGUCCUCAAGCGCUUCGAGUGUGGAUGUGCCCGUCGGGUCGGCAGCCUCCGCGCCUCCGCCUAUGCCGCCGCCUGGCUACCCUUCGGGUGGGGAGAGCGCGGCGUUGGCGAGCCAGCUGAACGAUCUCGUGGAGUCCCAGAAGGCCAUGAUGGAGGAGAUCAGCGAGAUCAGGACCGCCGAGCGGUCGAGGGAGCUGCGUCGAGACGCCAACAAGCAGGUGAUCGAGUGCGUGAUCGCCCAUCUGGACCAGUUCGAGGGCGUGGCCGCGAUCGAGGGGGCGGGUGCUUCGUCUUCUGCGGUCGCCGUGCCGGGGUCACCCGCCAAGACCACCCCCGCCGCGAUGAUGGAGACGCCGGAGAAGCGCGUCGCUACCUCCCAGCCGGAGGCCGCCGAGCUGGCUAUCAGGCGGAUGCGCUUCAAGGCCCAGUUGCCGCAGCAGGUGUUCAUGGAGCAGCUGGACGAGUGCAAAGAGAUCGAGCCCGAGGAGUGGAACAGCCGCAUGCCCGAGGGUUACCGCCAGUUGAUCUCGGCCGAGGUGCUGUCGGAGAUCUAUUCGUCGGGGAAGACGGCCGAGGCCUGGGCGCGCGACUUCAUCAGGGACCGCGGGCUGAACGACUGCAAGACGGCGCGGGAGAUGAUCGCGGCCUUCGCCGCGGUGGACACGAUGCUGAUGACCGAUCGUCAGAAGGGCCUCCUCAACCUGGUGAGCUUCGAGCGGCUGGUGCGAAACGGGUGCGCUAUCGUGAGGGUCUACCGCAACGUCAACAGCCGCGACGACUGGAGCCGCCCCGAGGAUGCCAAUAACUGGAAGUCGAAGGUGGACUGGGAGGCGGCGCGCCGCUUGGACCCUCAGCUCGCCGACGAGAGCACUAUUCGGGUGAUGAGCGCCGAGGAGGAGAUGAAGAACGCCAUGGGUCGCGACGCGCAGCUGAUGAAGGUGGUGCUGUUCGCUCGCCCGGAGCGGCCUGCUUCGAGUUCUCGUCGGGUGUUCUCGCGCUGGAAGGAGGAGAUGGAGCUGGUCGAGACAGCGAACCGCUCUCUCUUGGCGUUGCGGCAGCUCUACCGUGGGAGUCUGGACGACGGUCUACUGGGCCUGGCCGAUUGCUGGGGCCAGGAGAUCGUGCCCGACAACUUGGGCGGGGACCUCUCGGCGGGUGCUUGGAGAGGGGCCGCGCUCCUGCGGCUGCGCCCUGCCGCCGCUGCGGCGGGCAAUCAGUCCCAGUCUACCUUCAAGCAGAGGAAGUGGGAGAUGUUCAAGGAGGAGAUGUUGAGGGAGGAUGGCGAGGCUUGUGUUCAGGCCUGCGAGAUACGCAACUGCGUGGACCCCCACUUCCGCAAGAAGAAGGAGAUGUUACAGCUGGCUCGAAGGAUGGCUUUAGCGGGGAUGCUGUGCCGCACUGCAGAGAAGGUGGACGAGGUCGGGCCCGUUUGCGUUGUGAAGAAGGCUGAGCUUGUGGAGAACGAGCCCGAGGUGACGCUGAGGUUGGUGUUCGACCAGAGACGUUCCAACAUGCGGUGGCGGUCUCCUCCCUGGUGUGCCAUGGGCGGGGUCAGUGCGAUGUCGUUCCUGGACGUGUCCGAGGAGAUGAAGGAGGACGGCGUGAGCAUGCGCUUCGGCGCGGGCGAUCUCCCCGACUUCUACUACACGCUGGAGUUGGGGGAGGAGCUGGCGCCAUACUUCGUGCUUGCCAGCGUGUCUGGCGACGCGCUGGACGCGCUGCUCCCCGAAGGCUCGUCGUUGCCUGGGAGCGGCUCCUACGUCGGGGUGAAGGUCGCUUUGAUGGGCUUCUCUUGGGCGUGCUGGAUGGCUCAGACUACCAUGGAGGACAUCUUCAAUUCUGGGCCCCAGGUAGGGCUUUCUUCGCUUUCAGAAGGCCAGCGACUUGCCGAAGGCGGGCCUUUACCCCAUCUCAGUCGGGAGCUACCUGCUGCGCACGACGGGUACAUCGACGACUUUGGCAUCCUGGGCUUAGACUUCCCGACCCAGCCUGGCCAGGAGGCGGUGGCGACGGUGGAGGAGAUUUGGUUUGGUGCCAAGGAGUCGGUGGUCGCCGCGGGCUUCAAGGUGCGCAAGGAUGCCUGUUCGGUGGACGCUCGCAUGAUCGGUGGUCACCUACGGGGAACUCGUCUGGCGCCGAAUCAGGACAAUAUGUGGCUGGCGGUCUUCGGCAUACGGGAGAUCCUGAUCCACAAGUGGGAGCUGCCCGACACAGUCGCGCGGAUCGCUGGUAUCCUGUCCUGGGGCUUCUUGAUUUGCCGCGGUGCGCUGAGCGUCUUCGCGGACGUGCACUCUCGAUGCGUGGAGUUCCGGGGUGGAGCUCGACGCGAGGUCCCGCGGGAAGUGCUGGGGGAGCUGGCUGCGGCCGCGGCGAUGGCGCCGCUGAUCUCGGUGGACCUCUCGACGCCCUGGGACCCGACGGUGAUGAUGUUCGACGCGAGUCUCUACGGUGGUGCGCUCAUCUCUACGGUGGCCACGGUGGAGGAGCAGCGUCGAGAGGCCCGUUACGCUGUUCGAGGAGGCUGGACCGUCUGGACGGGCAUCUCCUCGUCCUGGGCGGCGGACGCUUGGUGCGAGGGGGAGGCCUUCAGACGCGUGGGCGGCGAUGUGGAGUUGAGCGCCCGGAUCCGCGUUCCUCCUGUAUACGAGUGCUGGGACAACAUCUCCCGGUGGAAGGAGGCCCCUAAGGAGCGGAGGACGGACGAGCUAGUGCUGCCGGAGAAGGUGGCGUCGAGGAUCGAGGCCCUGGCGGACUUGGCGGAGGUGGACCCCUUCCAGCCGCUCAGGAUGGGUGUCUCGAUCCCGGUGAAGGUGCUGCGCUUCUUCCACCUUUGCAGCGGCCACACGCGCAUCGGGGACCUGGGGGACUGGUUGCUCAGGAUCUCGGGCUCGCGGGGCUACCUGAUGAUCUGCGCCAACGUGGACAUCGGCUUCGGCGCAGAGUUCGACCUGACGGACGGGGUCAACGUGCGGAGGUUGGAGCUGCUGGCGGAAGUGGAGACGGACGGCGCUGCGGGUCGGCCGGGCUUGCGAGUGGGCGACGCGAGGAAGGUGAAGCAUGGGAACGCGCAGCUGCUGAGCAGUUUGAGGAUCCUGAAGCCUAUCGGUUUCAAGGGCGGCUCGGUAUCUGUCGAGCAUCCUGCCGACCCGGGGUGUCCGCCGUUUCCUUCGAUCUUCGUGACCAGGGAGCUGAUGGACUGGGAGGCGCAGUUGGGUGCCUACCGCGUGACCUCCCCGCAGUGCAUGUGGGGCUGCCCCGCGCUGAAGUUGACGGGCGAGAGCGGCCGUUUUCGGACCAGGGUGGCCCAGGCGUGCUCGUCCGAAUUCUGCAGGAUGUUGGCGGAGUGCCACGUGGACGCGAUGCUGACCAUGCAGGAGAGACGGGAGGCCGACCUGACCGAGAGGGCCGUGGAGCAGUUGAUCUCAGAGACCCUGGAGCGCAGGCCCGUUCGCGAUGGACAAGCUGUGCAAGACUACGCAGACAUGAUGCAAGACCUACGGGACUGGGCUCAGCAGUGGUACAGCGACCUCACGCAGCGGGCCACCGAUGGCACCGAGUGGCAGGAGUGGUGCGUAGCUUUCAUGACGGAUAUACUCCUGAGUGGUGCAAGCGAGGCCCUGAGGCGCCUACUCAUCAACGGGCUCCCUCGCCACGCGAUCGCGGACAUCGUCAGGGACCCCUGCAGCAGCGCGUGGAGGCAGACGCAGGACCAAAGGGAUCGCUUCAUCGGGAGCUUCCGCGAGGCGACCCCGACGGAGAGGCAGAGGAACGACGCGGAACGCUCGCACCUGCUGCGGGCGCCGCGGCAGGAAGGAGUAACCCAUGGGCUGGCCCUCCUGCCGUUUUCGGUCUCCACCAAGACGGCGCUGGGUUGCUACGUUCCCAACGUGCGCCGCUUCCUGGACUUUGCGCUGGAGGGGAACCUGCCGAUGAUGAGUUGGGAGGAGAUCGACGCCUCGGUCCUUUGCUACUUGGGCCGCCUGGUCGAGGACGAGGAGGUGGGCCCGCGCAGAGGAGAUUUCGUGGUGCACGGGCUCGCCUACGUGUGGCCUGAGCUCUCGACAGGGCUGCCGAGGAGAAGGCGGACCUCAGCCCUCGAGCUCUGGGCCGUGCUGGACGAGGCCAUGAGGUUGGCCGGGGGCGUGGAGGCUGCGGACGCCGCCGAGCUCGCCCUGGGCGCCUACCUCAGGUCCGGGGAGCUGUUCUCCCUCCAGGCGGCCGACAUCGUGAUCGACGUGGACGAGGCGGGCGAGCAGGUCGUGGCCCUACGACUCGGUGUGGCGGAGCGCGGCGAGAGGACCAAGACGGGCGCGAGGCAGGGUGUGCUGAUCGACCGUCGGCAUGUGAGCGACAUGCUCGUGCGCAGGAAGGCCGAGCGAGGCCCCUCGGACCGGGUCUUCAGCUGCUCGGUGGGCGGCUACCGCCGUGCUCUGAGGCGGGCCUGCGACGAUGUUGGCGUCGAGCACUUUCCGCCCCAUGCGGCCAGGCGCUCAGGGCCGAGCCAUGAUGCGGCGACGGGCUACAGGACGGCGUGGGCUAUCCAGCGGCGCGGGCGGUGGGCUUCGGAGAAGAGCGGGCUCAGGUGCAUGAAGACGCACGCUCUGGUGGCCGCCCGCGCCGCUCUCCCGCCAGACAUCAUCGAGCGCGGGGGGCAAUUGAUGGGGAAGAAGAGUUGCCGCCCGGCAAGGGCUCGUGAGUGA